CUGUUUUUGAUUCGAUUCUUCAUUUGUAUUUGGUUUGUUCAACAACAACGACAACGAUGAUGAUUUUCAACAACAUGUUUAUGUCCAAUGGAAAUUGAUCCGAAACUACGAUUAUUAAUCAUAUAUACCUGGUCAUCAAUCAUCAACAGAAUAUAUCUACCAUCAUCAUCGUCAAUAUUACAUCAUAUUUGGGAUGAAUUUUAAAAACGCCAUAUCAAACAUAAUCAAACUAAUAAUGAAAGCUUUGUUUACGAUAACAAUGGCAAUGAUGACGAUGAUAACAAAUGUGGAAAAAAGAAAAAUUGAUCAAAAAAUCAGUGAAUGGAAAGAACAAUUAAAGGGUAAAGAUCCAAAAGUUACUUUUAAACGUUUGGCAUUCAUCAAUCUAUUUGUGGCCAUAUCUGCAUUGAUUAUUUAUGAUCCAAUAAUCAAUUUUGUUUUAAAUUGGCAAUUGCAAUUAAAUCCAGGUGGUAUGUUUUUAAAACUAUGGCAAGAUUUACCAGCCGAUGUUUAUUGUGAUAUCUAUCUAUAUGAAAUACGUAAUGGAAAACAAUUUCUUGGUGGACAGAAACCAAAUCUUCUGGAACAUGGACCAUUUAUUUUUGAAAUGAAACGAAAACGUCGUAUCGUUGCUUGGAAACCGACAACAGUUGUAUUUAAAGAACGUUUUACAACAGAUUUUCGUCAGGAUUUAUCACACGAAUCGAUUGAAACCCGUAUGAAAGUGAUGAACACGACAAUAUUUUCAAUAAUUUCAUGGGUUGUAUAUUGGAUGAAAAAAUUUAUGAUAAAAUUUUUGAAUCCAAUCAUUCACAAUAUAUUGGUACUGACAUUACAAACAUUCAAUGAACGUAUUAUUGAAGAUCGUUCAGCCAAAGAAAUAUUGAUCGGUCGCCAGAUUGAUAUAUUACGUUUUAUUGAAUUGGCUAGUAAACCAUUACAAAUGGUUGGCAUUAAUUAUGAUAUCCGGAAUUUGAUGACAAAUUUUGGAAAUUAUAAAUUAAAUAAUAACAGCAUCAGUAUUAUGGGCAUAUUGACUGGCAAUGAAUUUGGUCCAUUUGAAGUCACUAGAUUUGCAGAUGGUCAAGUGCGUGUAAAUCAAUUUGUUAAAAUAUUGGAAAAAACUACAUUUGAUGAAUUUCAAUCACCGUGUAAUCGUUUUCGUUCAAUAUAUGAUCCAUUAUAUUUUGGUUAUGGUGAACAAAGCGAUACGAUCGAUAUCUGGGUACAACAUUUUUGUCGUCCAUUACGAUUUAUUAAUAAUGGAACCGAUUGGAAACAUGGAAUCCGUAGCCAUUUAUAUGAAAUAUCCAGACAUUUAUUUGAUAUACGUAAACGUGAAAAUCAAUGCUAUUGUCAUGAUACUGAACGUUUAAUCGAUUGUGAUGGUUAUACAAAUGUUGCUGGCUGUUUUGGUGGCCUACCAUUUGCGUUGUCUUUUCCACAUUUUUUUGGCCACCCUCGGUUACAAUCAGGUGUUUAUGGUUUGAAUCCAAAUUCAGAAACACAUUUAUCACAUAUGAAUUUGGAACCAAACAUGGGAAUAUUAUUUGAUGCUGAAUUAAAAUUUCAAUUAAACAUCAUAAUGAAAGAUUUUCCAACUAUUGGACAAUUAGGCCAGAUACAAAAUGGUUUGCUACCAUUUUUUAAAAUUUCAUUAAAUAUACAAACAUCUGGCCCAUUACAUGGUCUUCUUGUUGUUGGAUCAUUUCUGUUACUUACUGGUAAAUUUAUGUUCAUCUUAUUUUGUCUGACAUUAUCGACAUUUUUCCUAUAUCGUAGUUAUAAAUAUUGAUGAUUUUCAAUUUGAUUAAAUAGAAUAUAAAAUUUUGUAUUUCAAUU